GUUUUUAUGACUGAAAAGUACAUUUUGCCGCAAGGGAGUGCGGCUCGCGCAGACAAUUUCCGUGUUUUGACGCGGCGAUUCCGCGUUUGAUGCAGCAGCCAAUCAGAGAGCAGCGGGCCGUGCCCUGGGGCCAGUCAUACCGGAGCGGGGCGUGUCUUAAGACGUCACGCGACGGAAGCGAGACGCUGUCCUUUUGGAGCCAAGAUGGCGGCGGCGCAGGCGGACUUGCUUCGCCUGGAGGCUUUCCCGCCUCACUUGAGUCCGCUCGACGUGUUAGUGUCAAGAUGGCAGCUCUCUUCGCUUUUCCCCCGCGACCGUUCGGACCCUCCGACCGUCCUGUUCAUCCCGCGGCGGACGACUGCGCGGGCGCCCGCCGUCCUGUUUCGCGUCCUGGCGGUCAGCGACCAGGAGGCGGCGCUCUUCGGGGGAGCGGCCGGCGGAGCCCCGUCGCCGUCGUCCGAACCCCGAGUCCGGCUCUUCGCCAGCGGCUUGUUCCUGCGACUCCGCGGCCUCCCGGCGGCGGGCAGCAGCGGGACGGUGCGGCCCGUGGCCCCCGUGAGCCUGGACGAGGUGGUGCUGGGUGUCCGCGGAGACGACGCCGACCGCUUGGCCGCGAAGCUGCUGGAGCUUUGCCGGUCUGAAUGUUGCGUCUUGGCCCGCCAAGGAGAACCGCUGGUCGCGGAGCUUCCGGGGCAGACGGCCGACGCGCUGGUGCUGUCCUGCGGCCCGCUCGCGCAGGGUCGCAUCACGCCCGACACCGCCGUCGUCCUGGCCGACUGCGCCGGCCGUUGGCCGGACGCGCCUAAGCGGGCCCCGCCCACCAGGAAACUCCAGCUCUGCGCCUCGGAUUUCGCUCACGACGCCGCCGGCCUGGGAAGGGGGCGCUCUCUUCUCGACGGCGCCGGGCGUCGUGGAUCUGCCGUCAUCCCGGAGGAGGCGGAGCGGCGGCUGGAAGUUCGCGUGACGGAUCCGGAGCGGUGGCUCGAUGGGGAAGCGCGCGACCGCGAAGACGCCGACCCCGACGCCCGCUUGUACGUCGGCAGGCGCGCGCUGCUCAGGCUGGGACUGUUCGACGGCGAGUGGGUCAAGCUGCGGCCGGCGGUCCGAGGGGCCCGAUGGCGAGCGGCCAAACUCGCGGCGCGACGAUCGGACCGGGCGCGAGACGACGACGACGGCGGCGGAGGCUGCGUGUCGGAGACGUUGUGGUUCAACCUGACGAGGGGAGAAGAGACGCCCGGCGCCACCUGCUGCCUCACGCUCAAGAGGUGGCGGCGGCCUCCGAACGGCGCCGGUGACUCCCGCACUUCCUGUCGCUCCGCCUCGCCGCCGCCGGCCAGCGAGCUUCACCUCCGGCCGGUGGCGUCGCCGCUCCGCGGGCGGCCGGGUCGCUGCGACGACUUGCUGGCCGCGCACUUCUCCGUCCCCAGGUUGGUGGCGCCGGGGGACGUCCUGCGCGUUCCCACCCGGAGUCACCCGGACCUCCUGGAGGACGACCCUGACAGGCGUCGGGCGCUGUUGUUUCGGGUGGAGAGGGUGCGUCCGGCCGACCGGACGGAAGGAGAAGCCGACCGCUGUUACCUCGCCGACGCGGCGCGCGCUUCCCUCUUCAUGGGGCCGCCCGUCAACUGCCCGGUGCCCUGGAGCGCUGCGGACCUGCGGGACGGGCCUUCACCUCCGGGUCUGGAGCGGACGGUGGACGCCAUCAGCCGCAUCCUCCGCCCGUACCGCCACGGCGGCUCCCUCCCGGCAUGCAGGCUCCUGGUCCACGGCCCGGCAGGAAGUGGCAAAGUGACGGCCGUGGUGGCAUCCGGCUCCGGGCUCCACCUGCAGCUCGUGAAGGUGGACUGCGUCGGCGUUUGCGGGGACACGCCCGCCGCCACGGAGGCACGCUUGACGUCCUUGCUGGAGCGCGCCGACGCCCUGCAGCCUUGCGUCCUUCUUCUCAGGAAUUUGCAGUUCCUUCUGCGGUCUCGCGGCGGCGCCGACGACGACGCCCGGGUCCAGGCGGCGCUCUGCCGCGUGCUCUGCGGCGCCCCAAGCAGGGUGGCGGUGGUGGCGACCGUCCGCAAACUGCGCCAGCUGCCCGCCGGCGUCGCGGCGGUGUUUAUCCACCAGGUGGCGUUACAGAGCCCCACCGAGGAACAGCGCCGGGUCAUGGUGACCGGGCUGAGCCGGGACCUUCGCCUCGGUCGUGACGUCGACUUGGAGAGAAUCGCCCAAGUCACGGCCGGUUUUGUGUUGGGUGACUUCCGCUCCCUGCUCGCGGAGGCCAGCCGUGCCGCGUGCCGACGGCUGGUCCGGGACUGUCCGGGUCUGCGCGAGGACGACGUGGUCGCCGGCGGCGCGACCGUCUCGGGGCGAGACUUCACGGCGGCCCUGCGGACCUUACAGGACGUCCGAUCGGAGGCCGUCGGCGCCCCCAGCAUUCCGGCCGUGCGCUGGGAGGACGUGGGCGGUUUGGAGCGGGCCAAGAAGGACAUCCUGGACACGGUCCAACUCCCUCUGCAGCGUCCGCAGCUCUUGGCGCUCAACCUGAACCGGACCGGAAUUCUGCUCCACGGGCCUCCGGGCACGGGCAAGACUCUGUUGGCCAAGGCGGUGGCCACGGAAUGUUCCAUGACCUUCCUCAGCGUGAAAGGCCCGGAACUCCUCAACAUGUACGUCGGGCAGAGCGAGGAGAACAUUCGAGAAGUGUUCGAGAGAGCGCGCUCAGCGGCGCCGUGCGUGGUCUUCUUUGACGAACUGGACUCUCUGGCGCCCAGCAGGGGGCGCAGCGGGGACUCCGGCGGUGUGAUGGACAGGGUGGUCGCUCAGCUGCUGGCCGAGCUGGACGCCCUGAACGCUUCGGCCAGAGUUUUUGUCAUCGGCGCCACCAACCGACCCGACUUGCUCGACCAAUCCCUGCUCAGGCCCGGAAGGUUCGACAAGCUCGUCUACGUCGGGAUCAACCGAGACCCCGAGUCGCAGCUGCAAGUUCUCCGAGCCGUCCUGAGAAACUUCCGCCUGGACGACGGCGUGGACCUGCCCCAGGUUUUGGCGCGUUGCCCCGCCCACACGAGCGGCGCCGACCUGUACGCGCUGUGUUCGGACGCUAUGACGGCCGCCGUCAAAAGGAAGAUCCGCGCCGUGGAGCACGUUUUGCGCUUCCGAGACCUUUCUGGAAAAUGGCGGCCGGCGCGCCGAGAGACACUGUGGUCGGUCUUCUUCAUUCUGGGUUUGGGAACGUUGUUGCCGUGGAACUUCUUCAUGACGGCCACCGCGUACUUCACCGGCCGGCUGAGGGAGUCGACCAACGGGACGGAGGGGGAGGAGCCCGGCGGCGGCGGCGCCCCGGAGGCCAAAUUCAACAACGUGAUGACGUUGUGCGCCAUGUUGCCGCUCCUUGUCUUCACCUGCCUCAACUCCGUCCUGCACUCACGGAUCCGCGAGGCCGUUCGCGUGUCGGGCAGCCUGACGCUCAUCCUGGCCGUCUUCCUGCUGACGGCGGCGCUGGCGAAGGUCCGGCUGGAGCCGACGGCUUUCUACUGCGUGACGGCGCUCAGCGUGGUCGCCGUCAACUGUGAGCGCGUCGCCCUUCCCCGACUCCGCCUUCUCCCGACGGGAAGCCGACUGACGCUUGUCGCCGCCCCAGCGUUCGGCGCCAUCCUGCAGGGAAGUCUGUUCGGGAUGGCGGGCGCCUUCCCCGCCGGCUACACGGCGCCCGUCAUGAGCGGGCAAGGACUCGCCGGGACCUUCGCCGCCUUGGCCAUGAUCUGCUCCGUGGCGAGUACGGCGCCUCCUCCUUCCUUCCCUCUCUUCUCUCCUUCCGUUGCGCUUCUGUCCAUCCUCGCGUUCCGACCUCCUUCCUUCCGUCCCCGGUGUCCUCGGCCCCGCCCGCUCGCUCGCUCCCGUCCUUUUCUCCCGCUCGCAGGCGGUUCCGACGUCGACGAAUCGUCCUUUGGUUAUUUCAUCAGCGCUUGCGUCGUCAUUUUGCUCUCCAUCUUGUCGUACGCCGUGCUGCCCAAACUGGAGUUUUUCCGGUUUUAUCACCAAAGGAAGGACGGACGCGACCACGACGUCAACGUCAGCCUCGAUCGGCCCGGCCCGGCGGGGCGAGCCGGCGUCUCCGUGACGGCCGUCUUCAAGAAGAUCUGGGUGGCGGCGGCGUGCGUGUGGGGAACCUUCACCGUCACCAUCGGGACCUUCCCCGCCAUCGCGGCCGACACCAAGUCCACGUUGCCGCGAGGAAGCGCCUGGGAGACGUACUCGGUGCCGGUGUCGUGCUUCCUGCUCUUCAACGCGAGCGACUGGGCGGGGCGGAGCCUGAGCGCCUUCUGCACGUGGGUGAGUCGUCGGCGAGGGGGCGUGGCCCGGCGCGGGCGUGACCGUGACCCCGACCCCCCGACCGUGGGUGUGCGUCAGCCGGGAAAGGACAGCGCCCUCCUGCCCGUGUUGGUGGCGUGUCGCGCGGCGCUGGUUCCCGCCCUGAUGUUGUGCAACGUGCAGCCGCGCCGCCACCUGCCCGUCGUCUUCCGGCACGACGCCUUCUUCGCCGCCUUCAUGCUGGUCUUCGCCUUCACCAACGGUUACCUGGCCAGCCUCGCCAUGUGCUUCGGACCCAAGAAGGUCCCGCCUCACGAGGCGGAGACGGCGGGCUCGGUCAUGGCCUUCUUCCUGUCGCUGGGUCUGGCCUCGGGCGCGGCGCUGUCCUUCGUCUUGCGGGCCCUCGUUUGAGACGGCGACGGCGGCGUGAGCGCCUGCUGAACGUCACCUGAUGUCCUCCCGAACACCGGAGGGCGCUGCGUCCUAUUUGACCAUCUCAAAUCACAGUUGAAUCACCCGAGGGUGCGUGUUGAUUCUCCCCCGAUCACAAUUUCACGUUAUGUC